AUGAGUGCUCAAAAGGCUCCAAAGUGGUAUCCAUCUGAAGACGUUGCUGCCCCAAAGAAGACCAGAAAGGCUUCUCGUCCACAAAAGUUAAGAGCUUCUUUAGUUCCAGGUACUGUCUUAAUCUUAUUAGCUGGUCGUUUCAGAGGUAAGAGAGUUGUUUACCUAAAGCACUUAGAAGACAACACUUUAUUAGUUUCUGGUCCAUUCAAGGUCAACGGUGUUCCAUUAAGAAGAGUUAACGCUAGAUAUGUUAUCGCUACUUCCACCAAGGUUUCUGUUGAAGGUGUUAACGUUGAAAAAUUCAACGUCGAAUACUUCGCCAGAGACUCUAAAUUAUCCAAGAAGGAAAAGAAGGAAGCCAACUUAUUCCCAGAACAACAAACCAAGGAAAUCAAGACUGAAAGAAUUGAAGACCAAAAGGUUAUUGACAAGGCCUUAUUAGCUGAAAUCAAGAAGACUCCAUUAUUAAAACAAUACUUAGCUGCUUCUUUCUCUUUAAAGAACGGUGACAAGCCACAUUUAUUAAAAUUUUAA